GGCCAGUACUAUUUCUCUUGUCCGUGCGUGUGGUCGCGUCUCUGCGCCGGUUUGAUCGCUGCCAGUGUGUUAUUUCGUUUCGUUCUUUGAAGUGUGUUCGUAAAUAAUAAAGAGUGUCAAACAAUUUCGAAGUAAGCAGCAAAUUUUGUUAUGAGCCCGCAAAAAGCAGCAGCAAUUAAACGUGCAAGCGGUACUGCAUGAUUUUUGAAAAUAUAUAGCAAAACAACAAUUGCUUGUGUUUAUUUGCGUGCAAUAGUCGACAUCAACAACAUCAGCCGUAGCAACAACACAAUAUCUAAAUCGAAGCACCGUUUCAAAAAAGUUGAAAAAGCACAAAGUGCACAACACACACAAGUGCUUUAUUGCCGCUAUAGUGUAGGCGUGUGUGUAUUAGUUAGUGUAUAUGAAAGUGUGUGCGUGUAUGUGUGCAUGCGAGUAAGCAUGUGCUUGUGAUUUGAUGUUAUUGUCGCUUCUCCACUCCCCUCCCAUUCCACAACAUAAACAUACAAAUAUUGUAAUAAAAUAUUUUGUUAACAUAAACAAAUGCAAGUAAACUAUAGUGCAGAAAACAAAAAAAGGAACUAAGCAAAAGAGUCGUCGUUGUCUACAGAAAUACACAUAAGUUAAUGUCAGUCGAGUGUCUGGCGUCUGGAUUCUUGAGCUCUGGAGUCUGCAAACUUCUUGCUUGUGUGCACAUCAAAUAACCGAAUUAAUUAAAAUUGUUUUGGCUCCCAUGCGACACUAAAGCGAUUACAGCAGCUACUCAACGUCAGGAUCAAAGUUGGCAACGGCAGCAGAGCAGCAGUUAGAGAGGAGUCAACUCAACAACAAUAUUUACACAGACACAAACACACACACACAUAUAUACAUAUAUAGAUAGAGAGAUAGAAGCAGCACUGCCACGCCUUCAAUACAAUAACACACACAAAUCGAACGCACAAUGAAAAACGACGUCGUGCGAUGGAGCAGGCAGCCAAAUAGCAACAGCAACAGAAACAGCAACAACAACAACCGCCACAAUCACAGCCAAAGCGAGAGCAACAAGAACAAUUUGUUGACGGCGGGCAACACACAACUGAGGCAACAUGUUGCCAGCAAAAGAACUUGUCAACCAAAUGCAAACGCAAAUGUUGCAGCAACAAAGUGCGCCUGGCAACAACAGCAUCAACAGCAACAAACAAUCAUUGAAUGUGAUAUAACAAGAAAUUACAAUUUCGAUUGCAAUUUAUUGAAAACUAGUUUUUUAACGCAACCAAGCAAAACAAAGUGCAAUCGCAGCAGACAUUUAAGAGCAUCGACAGCGACAACGCGCGCAUUGUUGCUGCUUAUUUUGCAAUUUAGUAUCGCAGUUUUUUUAUGUAAUAUUAAUGUCGGUUUCGCGGCCGCCAGUGUUGCACCCAAAGUGGAAAGCGGCCACGCCCAGUCGCCCCUACUGCCACCCUACGUCCUCGACUACGAGACAUCCAGCGGUGGCAGCGGUGCUAGCAACAGCAACAGCGAUGGCGCCCAGCUAACCGCCAACAGCGGUGGUCGCCCAUCUGGCGCUGGCGGCGAUGCUGGACACUACACGCACACCUGGGCGGUCCACAUACCGAACGGUGAUAACAAUGGCAUCGCCGAUGCCGUUGCCAAGGAACAUGGUUUCGUCAAUUUGGGAAAGAUCUUUGAUGAUCAUUAUCACUUUGCGCAUCAUAAGGUGUCGAAGCGUUCCCUGCAGCCCGCAUCACAUCAUCAGACCCGCCUCGACUUGGACGACCGAGUCCAUUGGGCCAAGCAGCAAAGAGCCAAGUCGCGUUCGAAGCGUGACUUUAUUCGCAUGCGACCAUCUCGCACCUCAUCGCGUGCCUUGUCCUUGGUGGAUGCCGUAUCCUUUGACGAUCCUAAAUGGGCACAGAUGUGGUAUCUGAAUCGCGGCGGUGGCCUGGACAUGAAUGUGAUACCCGCUUGGAAGGAAGGCAUAACUGGCAAGGGCGUCGUGGUGACCAUACUGGACGAUGGUCUUGAGUCCGAUCACCCGGACAUAGUGAACAAUUACGAUCCAAAAGCGUCGUACGAUGUCAACAGCCAUGACGAUGAUCCGAUGCCGCACUACGACAUGACCGACUCCAACAGACAUGGCACUCGCUGUGCCGGCGAAGUGGCGGCCACGGCGAACAAUUCCUUCUGUGCGGUGGGCAUUGCGUACGGGGCGAGUGUGGGCGGGGUGCGGAUGCUGGACGGGGAUGUGACUGAUGCUGUGGAGGCGCGUUCGCUCUCGCUCAAUCCGCAGCACAUUGACAUCUACAGUGCGUCGUGGGGACCCGACGACGAUGGUAAAACGGUUGAUGGACCCGGCGAGUUGGCAUCCCGCGCCUUCAUCGAGGGCACAACGAAGGGGCGUGGCGGCAAGGGGAGCAUCUUCAUUUGGGCAUCGGGCAACGGGGGUCGCGAGAUGGACAAUUGCAAUUGCGAUGGCUACACGAAUUCGAUAUGGACACUGUCCAUAUCGAGUGCCACCGAGGAGGGUCAUGUGCCGUGGUAUUCGGAGAAAUGCAGCUCCACGCUGGCCACCACCUACAGCAGCGGCGGGCAGAGCGAGAAGCAGGUGGUCACCACAGACUUGCAUCAUUCAUGCACAGCAUCGCAUACGGGCACCUCGGCCUCGGCACCGCUCGCCGCAGGCAUUGCAGCCCUGGUGCUGCAGUCGAAUCAGAAUCUCACCUGGCGCGACCUGCAGCACAUUGUGGUGCGCACCGCAAAGCCAGCGAAUCUCAAAGAUUCCACUUGGUCGCGCAACGGUGUGGGCCGACGUGUGAGCCAUUCCUUUGGCUAUGGUCUCAUGGAUGCCGCCGAGAUGGUGCGCGUUGCCCGCAACUGGAAGACGGUUCCCGAGCAGCAGCGAUGCGAGAUCAAUGCCCCGCAUGUCGACAAAGUCAUUCCGCCUCGCACUCACAUCACACUCCAGCUAUCAGUCAAUCAUUGCCUAUCGGUGAACUAUCUGGAGCAUGUGCAGGCCAAGAUCACGCUCACCUCGCAGCGUCGCGGCGACAUUCAGCUCUACUUGAAGUCACCAGCCAACACCAAAGUCACCCUGCUGACCACGCGUGUGCAUGAUAACUCUCGCUCUGGAUUCAAUCAAUGGCCCUUCAUGUCAGUGCACACCUGGGGAGAGUCGCCGCACGGCAACUGGCAGCUGGAGAUACACAACGAAGGUCGUUACAUGGGCCAUGCACUGUUGCGUGAGUGGUCGUUGAUAUUCUACGGCACUACGCUGACCAUCGAUCCCAAUGAUCCCAUUUCGGUGCCGCGUUCAAGCAGCGCCGAGGCAACCACGCCCAACUCGAGUAGCAGCAACAUGGGCAGCACGACCAGCAAUCUGCAUCAGAUCUAUUCACCACAAUAUCCACGCAUAUCGCCAAACAACUUUGCCAAUACCCCAUCGGGUGGAGCCAAGUUGCCGCUGGGCAAAACACAGCCGAAUAAGUCGUCGAGUCUGGUGACGAACAACCCGCUGCUGUCUGUUGUCCCGGCACCAGCUGGCAAGCAGGGAUAUCAACAGAUCUCGGCCACAUACGGUGUCAUACUAGGCAAGAGCAGCAAUAACAGCAACCAUAACAAUAACAACGGCAAUGGCAAUGGCAAUGGCAACAGCAAGGGCAAUAACAAAGGCAACAACAAGGCCAACAAGUCGAACAAGGCGGGCGAAAAUGGCAAUAAGAACGGCAAUGGCAAUGGCAGGGCCAACAAGAAGGAGCAAACGACGCAGAGUACCACGAGCAGCAGCAGCACGACGACGAACAAGAAUAAGUACUAUCGCAUCUCGCAGCAGGGUGGAGGCGGAGGAGGUGGCAAAGGGAAGGGAAAUGGCUUGCAAACGCAACGUCCUAAGGCCAGCUCGGGGGAGAAGUUCUUUGAGGAGAAGACGCGCAAAGUGAUUGGCGAAAUCGCCAGCAACAGCAACAACAACAGCAACAAUCGUGGCAACAACCAAAACAACGCGACACGUCUUCCGAUUAAGGCAGCCAAGCAGGUCAAAGAAAGCAACGGCAGCAGCUCCGACUCACGUAUUCCGAAACUAUUCGAACGCUACGAGAAGAUUCAAGCCAUCUUCCCGGAACUGGAGCCAUACGAGAGCAGCAACUCGCCCAAGUCAAAGCCGGGCGGAAACGUGCAACAAUCGCGCAAGCAGGGAAAACAAUUUGAAGUGGAACUCUUCAAACCCGUCUCGAGCAGCAACUCCGGUUCCGGCUCUGGCAACAGCAAAGCGGGCAACACCAAGAAGUCACCAUCAGCGCCGCCGCCGCCUUCAUCGCAUCUUGCCACAUUGUUGCCGGUGUUGCCAGCGGGUGGCAGCAGCUUUCUGCCCGAUCAGCGGAUACUGAAGAAACAGCAGCUGCUAAUGGCAGCCGCCGGCGUCAUCACCCCAGUUGAUGUCUUUGCUGAUGAUAAUGACAACGAUAAUGUUGCUGCUGCCGCUUCAGAUGCUAUUGAUGACGAUGAGGAGGAGGAAGCGCAGGUGGAACUUGUGGCUGCGGGCAGUUUUCGUCAGGGCUACAGACCAAAUGUGCAAGUGACACAAUGGGACAUGAUUCUAUAUGGCACUGAGACACCCGCCCAGCCACAGGACGCUCCACAUCCCAAGCAGCCAUCACAGUUUCAUUCGUAUGGCGACGAGAUGGCUCACAACGAUAUCGAACACGACGCCAGCGGUCAAUGGCGCAACAUGCAACAAGUGGGCGAAGUGGGCGUUGCCCAGGAUCGUAGCAAUGCUGCUGCAUGCCUCAAGUGGAAUGAUCAGAAAUGUUUAGAGUGCCGUGAUUCCAGUUACUUCUAUGAGGAUCUCUGCUACGAUGAGUGCCCACUGCAUACGUAUGCCAAGCUAAACUAUAACGUAUUUGAUGACAUCGAUGCAGACAGCGAUGUGAACUCUACAGAAUCUUCUAUCGCGGAUAUCAAUAAUAAUGGUCUUGUCGAUAAGGACGAUCCUCUGCAGGCAGCGGAGCGUCGACGACGACGUGAGUCCACCACUUUGACUCUGACACCACGUCACAGUCAAAUCUGCGCCAGCUGUGAUGCCAGCUGCCUGCGAUGCUACGGACCAAACAAUUCCCAGUGCAGCACCUGUCCUCCGGGUAGCCAACUUCGCAAGUUGCCACAGACCAACGAGACGUAUUGCUACGCCUACGUUGUACGCAGCACCAUCGAACAGGCUGAUGAGCAGUCAGGGCACGCUGUCAAGAUUCAGUUCAUGCAGUGGAGUACAGCAUUGCUCAUGAUUGCCAUGAUCGUCUCCUUAGUUGGCGUCACAGUGGCCGGUGCUAUGGUUUAUUAUCGACGCACCACCAAGGAAGAAGUAUACACACGAGUGGCGCUCAUGGCUGCAGACGACAGCGAUGAGGACGAGGAAAUAUAUAAAGCUAAAUCACAUCUUCCAAGCGAUGUGAUUGAAUAUCACGAUGAACUGUGGCCACAGAAGCUGCCCAGUGAUGCAAUUGAAGCGGCCGAGGAGGAGGAAGAGGAACCGGCGGAAGAGGAAGAGAGCACACACCUAGUGCCUUAAAUGCGAACAUCCUUAUAACACAAUUAGUCAUAGGCAAUUUUUGUAUUUAGCUACAACUCAAUUUUUAUUAGUUGCAAUUGCUUGUUUUUUAUUUAAAAAUCGUUAGACAUUUCAUAACAUUCGCUGCGAUCUAUUUGCGAUAUGCAUUUAAAUUAUUCCGCUUUUCUUAAAAUGUAUAAAAUUAUUAUUUAAAUAUAUUUAUCAUAGUAAUAAGCCAACAAGAAUUACAAAAAUUAUAUCUUUUAAUA